AUGAAUAAGAAAAGAUUUACUCUGGAGCCUCCAGAGGUCAAAGACUACCUGCUUAAAGGAGACAGGUUUACCAAAUGGUCAGAGGAUUCAACAAAGACAGUUCCAGUCACCAUGAAGAUGGAUCCUAAAGGCUAUUACCUCUACUGGACCAAUCAAAGCAAGGAGAUAACAUUCCUGGAUGUUGCUACCAUCAGAGACACCAGAACAGGAAAAUAUGCAAAGAUUCCGAAACACCCAAAGGUCCGUAACGUGUUUAACCUGGACUUCCCAGACAACAACCAUCUUGCUAAAACCUUGACCAUUGUCUCAGGUCCAGAUAUGGUGAAUCUGACCUAUCACAACUUCUUUGCCUCCAAAGAGAAAGUGACACAGAACUGGGCAUCUGACAUUCUGGCAGUUGCCUUCAACCCCGCAAGAAACAAUGCAUGCAGACAAAUCUUCCUGGAUAAAAUAUAUGUCCUCAUCUCUCUUCAGACCAACAAGGAUGGCAGAAUCCCCAUUAAAAAUAUUUACAAGAUGUUCCCUGCUGAUAAGAAGAGGGUUGAAAGUGCUCUGGCAUCCGCACUCUUGCCAAAAGCAAAGCACGACACCAUGAAGCCCGACGUGUUCACUGAGACCGCGUUCAAGACCUUCCUGAUGAACUUCUGCCCACGGCCUGAACUCUACGAGAUCUUCACUUCAUACUCCAAAAAACCCUAUAUGACCAAGGACAUCUUUUCCAAGUUCCUCAAUGAGAAGCAGAGGGACUCCAGACUCAAUGAAGAGCUAUUCCCACGUCUUCGGCCAGACCAGGUCAAAGCGCUGAUUGACAAAUAUGAACCUUUGUCCUCCAAUUCUAACAAAGGUCAGAUUUCUCCGGAGGGGCUUCUGUUCUUUCUGAUGGGACCAGAAACUUCAGUGGUCAUAGAGGACAGACUGGCGAAGUGUCAAGACAUGACUCAACCGAUACCUCACUACCUCAUCAAGUCCUCCCACAACACAUAUCUGACAGCUGGUCAGUUCUCAGGUGUGUCGUCUCCUGAGAUGUACCGCCAAUGUCUGUUGGCUGGCUGCAGAUGUCUGGAGCUGGACUGCUGGAAGGGCAAACCCCCAGAUGAAGAGCCCAUCAUCACCCAUGGCUUCACCAUGACAACUGAAAUCCUCUUUAAGGAUGUGAUUGAAGCCAUCGCUGAGAGUGCCUUCAAGACCUCCCAGUACCCCGUUGUCCUCUCCUUUGAGAACCACGUGGACUCGGUAAAGCAGCAGGAGAAGAUGGCCAACUAUUGCAAAACCAUAUUUGGCGAAGCCCUGCUAGCAGAACCACUGGAGAAGUACCCUCUGAAACCGGGGCAGCAGAUUCCCAGCCCAUCUGAACUCAUGGGUAAGAUCCUUAUCAAGAACAAGAAGGGCGGCCAUGAGAAGCCCAGCCUGACAAAUAAAGUAACCGCACCAACCAGUGGACAGACCACAGCUCCACCUGCCACAACUCAAGAAGCUAACACCACCACCCAGGAGACCCAAGGUGGGUAAAAGGGCCGACAGAUCAUGAUGCAAGGGGACGCAGCUGCGGAGGACAAUGAGGAGCAAGAGGAGAUGGAGGAACAGGAUGAGGAGAAGAUGAAAACCUCAGAUGAGGGCACAGCUGGACAGGAGGUAACAGCUUACGAGGAGAUGUCUGCGUUGGUCAACUACAUCCAGCCCAACAAAUUCAUCUCUUUUGACAACGCCAGAACGAAGAAUAGGAGUUAUGUUGUCUCAUCCUUCGUGGAAACUAAAGGAGAGGCCAUGAUCUCCAGGAGUGCUGUGGACUUUGUGGAAUACAACAAACGGCAGAUGAGUAGGAUUUACCCGAAAGGAACAAGAAUGGACUCUUCCAACUACAACCCACAGCCAUUUUGGAACGUAGGCUGCCAGAUGGUGGCACUCAACUACCAGACUAUGGAUUUCCCCAUGCAGCUGAACAUGGCCCUGUUUGAAUUCAAUGGGAAGACUGGCUACCUCCUCAAGCAUGACGUUCUACGUCGCAGUGACAAGAAAUUCAAUCCUUUUUGUGAUAGGAUUGACACUAUUGUGGCCAAUACACUGAGCAUAAAGAUCUAUUCAGGCCAGUUCUUGACCGACAAAAACGUGAGAACAGGUGUUGAGGUGGAGGUAAUCGGGUUGCCAGGAGACCCCAAGAAGAAAUACCGCACCAAGUGGUCCACUACACCAAAUGCCAUUAAUCCAGUGUGGAACGAGGAACCCUUUGUUUUUGAGAAGAUCCUGCUACCUGAAAUGGCCUCCCUGAGAAUCGUAGUUCAUGAAGAGAAUGGUAAAUUCCUGGGACACAGGAUCAUCCCUGUUGACAGCAUCCAAUCAGGUUUCCAGCACAUCUGCUUACGCAGUGAGAGCAACAUGCCACUCACACUGCCAGCUCUCUUUGUAUACAUCGAGGUCAAAGACUACAUCCCUGCUGCCUUUGCAGAUUUCACAGAUGCCUUAUUCAACCCAACAAAGGGCUCAGAGAAGACCACAAAGACACAAGAGUCAUCCUCAGACUAUAUUUCUCCCUAUGAGCUGCCUAUUGUGGUCCAACCCCUUGGUAAUAAAACUGAGAUGAAGGACACUACACCCUCUGCUACAGAAGAGACCCUGCCAGAAUCGGAGACCUCCACACACCCUGCUGACCCACCAUCUCAGGCUUCACCAGACACCGGUACAGAGGGACCCAAAGGGGAGGUUGGUGGUGGCCCUCUACCCACAGAUGAGAUUGCUCCUGACAAUCCAGCUGUGGAGGCAACAAGUCGAACACCUGAACAGCCGUUUGAAGCCAGUCCCACUGUUGAUGACAAGGAGGCCAACCCUGAGAUAAAAGCCAUCCCAGAACCUGAAGCAGCUCCUAUACCAUGUGAGGAGCCCAAUAGAGACUCUUUUGAAGACCCUGAACCUGGCUCAGAUGGUAACUCCACCGUGGAUGCUAGCACAGGCCUGGAUGAAGUCUCAGGACAGCCCACUGCUGAGGUUGAACCCUGUCCAGAAACUGUGGUUGCUGUGCAACCCAUUGAACUGGUUGGAUCAGAUGACAUAUCCCAGCCAACUUCCAGUGAAGAACCCACCACUGUGACUGCCGAAGAACUGACGCAGCACAAGAGCUUUCUGAAGGUCACCAAGCGUCAGGAGAAGGAGAUGAAGGAACUGGAGAAGAAAAUCCAGAAGAAAGAAGAGGACCUGAUUCAGAAAUACUUGGACACCUUCAAAGUCCUCAAGAAGAAGUCCUCGGUGAAGAAAAAAGAGGGAGGGAGCGAUACCGCCGAUUCCCGCUCUAAGAUGGAGCGAGUCCAGGAGCAGAAGGAGAAGCUGCAGGUGGAGCUGCAAGCGCUGCUGAUAGACCAGUAUGACCAGCUGAAGAAGAGAAAAGAGCAGUAUGCCAUAGAGAGGCUCGCCAAGCUGAUGGAAAUGGCCACAGAGAGACACACCAGUGAACUCAAGACCCUGGAGAGCGAUGCCAAAGAAAACAAAAAGAAAGGCAUCUCAAAACAUUCAGGGAGGAAGAAGCUGAAAAGGUCAGCGAGCUGUGACCUGUUGGAGGAGUCUGCUCAGCCUGAUGCAGCUUCCCCAGACUGCACUCUCCAGCAAGAGGCUCUGAUGAAGAAACAGGCUGCUACACUGGAGGAGGUCAAAGCCCUGGCCAAUCAGGUAAACCAGGAGGCUUUGAGAGAGUAUGACCAGAAAAUGAGGGCUCUGUCUGAGGAGGUGAGAGAGGCCGUCAACGUCUGUGUGGGGACCCAAUUUCCCGAGCUGACUGACAAAGCCGGGGACAAGAAGCUGAAGUUAGUGGGAACCUAUGGAGAUGUCUUCCUGGGUUAGACUGGUUUCGUUUUUUCCAUUUUUUCUUUGUUUGCUUCCCUUCUUCAUCCCUUCUCUCCAUCCAUGCCCCUUUUGCAACCUCCUGUAUAGACUACAUGCCUAGUCUUCGCUUUUUCCAGGGAAUGGUAGAAUGGUAGCACGACUCAGCAUGAGACAUCUUUUAGAUGUGGGUCCGCCACAAAUGGUCACUGAUUUGAUAUUCACCCCCACAUUUCUACCAAUUCACAUUCAAGGAAUGAAAGCGGUUCUGGAGAGGGCACGUAAAGGUAAAAACCAGCUUUCUUAGUUUUCAGGCUGGAUCAAGGGAAUGACUCAGCCUUUCACAAUGCAAGCUGAAAAGGAGUAGCUUUUGCAAGGGACAUGCUCCCACACACACUUUUCAUGACGCUAGAGUAAAAUAGAGUUCACCCUGAGAUUUAGGGGUCUCGUCAUUGCAGAGAGAAGUCUGUAAAAGAUAAAUUGAAGGACAGACAGAUAGAUACAGACAGCUUUUGAUUUUGAACCUUCCAUCUAGCACACCAUAUUAGUAAAAUGGUUUCGUAAGUCUAAUGUAACGUAUUUAUUGAUGUAUUUUUUGUGCACUUCAAAUUAUAUCUGAUCCUAACACCUAAUACAAAGAAUAGAAAAAAAAGACGAAUAUUUUAGCGUUAGAUUUGCAACACCUUUGAGAGGAAAUCCUUUCAAUAAAC